AUGCGCAGUCUUUUGAUCCUCGCUGGUUAUAUUACAGCCUCGCUUUUCGUUUCGGCGUUGGCUGUUCCUACCGAUCCCCUGGGGCUUGAGACUAGAAACGACUUAGCCAAGCGCUCUCUACCUAGACUUGUGAAUUUCGACAACAACAAUGCGGAUGAUCGAAAGAAAAGCCUUAAGAUUCGACAAUCCUUCCGAGACAGCCUUGAGCUCAUGGACUACGCUAUCAAGAGCCUUGACGAUACCGUCUUCAGCCACUACUUUGACAAAGGCGAUAAAAGCAAGGUCCAAGAUGUCUUCAAAAAAGCACUUGGAGGUAACCCUAGUAGGGGUGCAGAUGAACUGGGAGACAUGUAUAUCACAAAUAUUGAUGUGAACAGCCAGUGUGGAGACGCUUCUCUGCUGGGUUAUACUGGCAAAGAUGGAAAGGGGAACCAGAUCAUUCAUUUUUGCGACCGACUCUAUAACAAGCCUCUUAUCAAGGAUGUCAAGUGUGGGGAUUUGGAGGACACUGUUGGUGCUAACAUGGCUGUGAUGGGUGCCACACUGCUUCAUGAAUUCAUGCACGCGGAUACAAUUGGAAAAGCUGCCCUAGGCCAAAGUAUCAUCGACGUCAAGAAUGGCUAUGGCCCUCUCGAGACCCGCAGUCUCAAGGCAAGCGAUGCGUUAAAGAAUGCAGAUAGCUACACCUGGAUGGCAACAGAAAAUCUAUGGACCGUUAUCUGCGAAAAGAAAUUUUCUGGCCCGCGAGACGCGAGAGAUACUGCUGAUCCGGAUUGCGGCGACAAGACUUGUACUGUGCAGUGA